AAAAGGAGGAUUUUACCAAUUAAAACAUUUGGGCUGGCAUUACAGAAAGUAACGAAUCGGCACAAUUGUUUUAUUCGUUUGUUAUCAUGCCAACAGAGUGAAGUGGAGAGAUGCAGUAACAGUAGCUUGAUAGAGAGAGGCAGUGUAGCUAGCUACAGUCCAGGCACCUGCUACGCUAAUUAUCAUAACAGGUAUUUACUCUAAAUCAACAUUUUGUUUCGUACAUCUUAGUUUAUCUGCACAUCCCGGUUGUGAGAUGAACAUGCCAUAGCUACAACAUCUGAAGAUCUAUGAGGCCUUCAGCCAGGAGAGCUCUCCCAUGGAACAGGAAGUGAUGCGCAUAUACUCCUCCUCCCCCCCUCCGCUGGACGACGAAUCAGGGGGAGAGGAGGACGAUGACGAGUUUGGGGAUUUCUCUGGGGGUGUGGCAAUGUCAUCCAACCAGCCGUGCCCCCCCACAACAGACCCCGCCUCCCCGACCCUAUCAACGGUGCACUUUAGUGUUAGUAAAUCCUCCUCUUUAUCCGGAACUACCCAUAGCAACGGAAUCUCGAAACAGUUCCGAGCAGCUGACGACCUGAAGAAGCCAUGGGCGCCGGUGGUGGACCAAUCACAGCCCGCUAAUACUGGGACCUCAGAGGUCGGCAGGGUUCGGCCGGGGUUGGAGGUCAAAGGGCAGCCCUGUCAUUGCGACCUCCCUGACCUCCCUCUCACCAAUGGGUUUGCCAAGCAGCAUCACCAGGGGACCAUGUCUGCAGGUCUUGUACCGGCUGGCCUGGGCUCCCCCAGCCAGGAUCAGGGGUUUGCAGACUUCUCUGCGUUCGCCGAGCCAGAGAUGGAGCUGGAACCCUGGUGCUGCGGCUUCACUCACACUCACAGUACGGAGCACAGGAAGGACGGCAGGAUGGAAGGGACAAACCUAACCAACGGUUUCUGCAAUGCACACUCGGUCCAGAAGGACAUAGAGCAGCGGGCCAGAAUAGAGCCUGGCGGGCCUGACUCUCAAUGUUUAGCACAGCAAGGGGACAGGGACUGCACUGGAGUCCAGCAACACUGUGAGCUAAGGGGCCACCCUCAGGACUCUGGCCUCUUAGCCCCCAUAGAGGUGCUCUGUGCUAGGGGUGAGGGGCUGGGGGAGCCUGGAGAGAGGGCACCCAGCAUCAACAGGGAUAGCACACUUACACAGGACCCAGAACUGGGAGGGAGGAGGGUGGAGGAGGAGGAAGAUGAGGAGAGCGAAACAGAGGACAGUGUCUCUCCUCUCCAGACCACAGUCAGUGGGUCAGUGAGUGAGGAGUUUGCCUCCUCUGGUGAGGCUGUGUCGUCAGACGCUUUGGAGGAGUUUGGGAACUUUGGCGAGACGGUCUUCACUCCCUCGUCAAUAGGGGAGGAGGAGAAGGAGAAAGAGGAGGUGCAGCGGAGUGACCUCAGGGAGGAGACCGAGACAAAGAUGGUGGAGGAGGAAGAUGAAGAAGAGGACUUUGGAAUCUUCAGGGAUGCUGGAUCCUUCCCUAGCCAGGAGGACUUUGCUGACUUCAACCAAUCGGAGUCCAGGACACAGGAGGGCUUUAGUGACUUCAACCAAUCGGAGUCCAGGACACAGGAGGGCUUUGCUGACUUCAACCAAUCAGAGUCCAGGACACAGGAGGGCUUUGGUGUCUUUGAACAGGACUAUUCUGAGGACCCGGGUCCGACCCAGGCGUGUGGGGAGGAGGUUGGACAUGGAGACCUUCCCCUCAGCGACAGCUUUGCAGACUUCCACUCUGCUCCCCUGGAUGGGCAGGGCGAGAGGGAGGAGGGCUGGGGGGCGUAUGGGGACCAGAGAGGUCUGUCGGAGGGGGAGACCUGGGCAGAGUUUGGAGAGGAGGAUAGAGCCAGGCGGACAGAAGAGGCAGAGGAGAAGAAUGGGGGAGCGAGAUGUCAGGGAGGUGCUGCUGUACGAAGGGACAGUCUGCAGGACUCCCUGUCUAUCUGGCUACAGAGAGUCCUACAGACCAGCUUCCCUGCAGUGGCAGUCCCAGAACUGGAUCAGGAGAGGGAGGAGACUGGGGUGGAGGGGGAGGAGACUGGGGUGGAGGGGGAGGAGACUGGGGUUGAGGGGGAGGAGACUGGGGUGGAGGAGGAGGAGACUGCCAUGGAGGAGGAGACUGGGGUGGAGGAGGUGGAGGACAGUGGGGAUGAGGUGUUGAAUGUGCUCAGCCUCAGGGCUCUGCUAGAGACUCUAGACACACAGCCUGAGGAAGAGGAGACGAAGGGGCUCAACCACACUACACACUGGGUUCCUAGGGGUGCGUGGCGGCAGCCUCAGGACCUCCACGAUGCCGUGGGCCUGGGAUUCCAGUGGGGCGGUUCCCAUAGCAACAGGGCCCUGCUCCGCUGUCUGGGGAUGGACACCAGAAACAUGUUGUUCACUGGUCAGAGAAAGCAGCCUGUCAUAGUUCCUGUGUUUGCAGCCAGCCUGGGAAUGUUAGAGCCCACCAAAGAGCCACUGAGACCACCUUCAACUGCGGAGAAGACUGCUGCCACAGCACAAGCACUUCCUGGGUCACAGGAAACCACCACCACCUCGUCAGUACAGCAGGGGGCCCCCCAGCCUUGGUCCCAGUUUGACUGGAGCAGCAGUGCCCUUGGCGUCAACCGUCUGGAUGAGCUAGACAGUGACACCAGCAGCCGUCCAGCUGAUACCCUGAACUACCUCAUGUCUACUAUGGAGAACACCACCACCUCCACCAGGAAACCCCAUAGCGAUGAGGAGGACCAGCUGAGUGAGGAGGCAGCCAGGGUGAUCUGUGGGCUGGCUGACCUGUCCUUCAUGAAGGCUAAGGUCCUAAUGUUCCCCAUCACCCUCACACCAGCCGCUGGCUCUGGAAUGAAGGUGACUCAACUAGACUGUCUGUGUCUGAUUCUUCUACAUCUCCUACACACAGCAGGCUCUGAGAGUUUUGAGGUUCUUGGUCCAACUGAUCCCAUUGUUGCUGUAGCUGGUGAUGACAUCAUUCUGCCCUGUUACCUCAAACCCAACAUCAGCGCUCAGGACAUGACAGUGGACUGGCUUAACCUGGACAUCAUAGACGAACGUGUCUUUCGUUACCAAAACCACAGAAUCAUACUAGAUGAUCAGAUUCCCUACUAUAGAGGAAGAUCUUCACUGUUUGAAGAGGAACUGUGGAGGGGCAACACCUCUUUGAAACUGACCAGGGUACAAGGCACUGAUGAGGGACGUUACAAAUGCUUAAUUCAGUCAAAGAGCUGGUAUGAUGAUUUCACUGUUCAAGUCCUCGUUAAAGCUGUAGGAUCCAAGCCAGUGGUGUCCAUUGAGGGACACAGAGAGGGAGGGAUGGGUCUGCUGUGUGAAUCAGAAGGCUGGCACCCUGAGCCUGAGCUGGUGUGGCUGGACAGUAAAGGAGUCCAUCUCUCUGCUGGUCGUCCUGAGAUACAUAGAAGUUUCAAGGGAUUCUACAGAGUCAAACGACAUGUCAUUGUCCAGGAGACUGACACCAACCGCUUUACCUGCAGAGUCCAACAGAGCAGGAUCAAUGAGAAGAUGGAGACGGAGAUUCACCUCCCUACUGUAGGAUCCAAGCCAGUGGUGUCCAUUGAGGGACACAGAGAGGGAGGGAUGGGUCUGCUGUGUGAAACAGAAGGCUGGCACCCUGAGCCUGAGCUGGUGUGGCUGGACAGUAAAGGAGUCCAUCUCUCUGCUGGUCCUCCUGAGAUACAUAGAAGUUUCAAGGGAUUCUACAGAGUCAAACAACAUGUCAUUGUCCAGGAGACUGACACCAACCGCUUUACCUGCAGAGUCCAACAGAGGAGGAUCAAUGAGAAGAUGGAGACAGAUAUUCACCUCCCUAGUGAGAUAUUUUAUACAACCCCAUGGAGAAUGGCCUUCAUUGUGUUAUGCUGUCUGGGAGCCAUCGCUGUGAUUGGGUUAUCUCUGGCUAUCUACUGCAUGUGUAAUAAGAAAGAUAAACUCAAGAAGGAAAGUGAUGACAUCUGGGAGCAGAAUCAUGACCUCUGUGAACACAAAUAUGACCGCACUGAGGAGCUAAAAAUCCUGACUUCUCAGCUGGAUUUUGUGAACACAAACUGGAGUCCAGACUUUGAAACCAUCAGAAGACAUGCAGUGGAUGUGACUCUAGAUCCUGAUUCUGCACAUCGUAACCUCAUCCUGUCUGAUGAUGGGAAACAAGUGAGACAUGGAGAACUAGAUCAGGUUCUCUCUGACAACGGAAAUAGGUUUUCAAAUUGGUCCUCUGUCCUCGGAAAUGUGGGCUUCUCAGGGAAGUUCUACUAUGAGGUGAAGGUGGAGGGGAAGACUGAGUGGACUUUGGGGGUGGUCAUACAGUCCAUCAAUAGGAAUGAGAGGUCUAGACCGAUCCCUUAUAAUGGAUACUGGACUGUGGAGCUGAAGGAUGGAGAGUACACAGCUCAUGCUGAUUCCCCUGUCACCUUCACCCCGAGAGAGGAGCCCCAGAAGGUGGGGGUGUUUGUGGAUUAUGAGAAGAGACAGGUCUCCUUCUACAAUGUGGAGGCAGGGUCUCAUAUCUACUCUUUCACUGGCUGCACCUUCACUGAGAAACUCUAUCCAUUCUUCAACCCUGGUGGAUCAGAUAGUAUUUCACUGGUCGUCUGUCCUGUAGAUGUCACUGACUGACUGUUUUAAAUCAAACAGGGCAGAUACAGUAUAAACAGCAGUAACUCCUAUUGAGAGACUUAAUGUACCUUAGUUAUAGAUUUCCUGUCAGUCUUUGUUGUUGUUCUAGAGUGGGCCAGUUGAUUGGAUUGGACAGAGAGGUAAAGGUAGGAAUGUUGAAAGAGCAAUGGGUUGGAUCUGAACCCAUUCUGGUACUGGACCAUCCCAGACCACUGAUUUCUUGUUCAUGUUUGACUCAUCUUUGAUGUUUCUUUCAUCAAUCCCUUGGACUGUUCGGUCUUCAUGAGAGUGUGUUAUAUAUAUUUUUUUAUUCUCUGUGUUUUCUAAAAGUAUAGUGCUUUCUGUGGUGGUGGGGCAAGCCAGCAACAAAUACGGGGCGUUGUGCCGUGAUUGGCUCAGUAUUCUGUCUCUCAUGGAGACACUACGUCACCUCGAAGUCGAUGGGUAGACUUCCAAAAUUCUAGCCCUUUGGGUGCUGCCAUAGAGUUACAUUAGAAGUGCCCAUCCAAGAAGGCUCAAGGUCAUAGAUAAAAUGACGUCAAAUCAUGUUACAUGUACAGCAGCUUUGAUUGGACAGAUCAUGUCAACAUCAUUCUUUCAAAAUCUUAGCUGGCAGUCAGUAUCAUGAAUCAAGUCGACAAUCUACUGGCAAAUCCUUUUUAAUCCUUGUCAUAUGAAGAUAAAUAAUGGAGUGAAAUUAUAGAUAAACCGUAUCGGUGCUUAUUGGCCAUUGGACAUAAACAUUACACAACAAGUUAGAAAUUCAACAAAGAGUGGUUUGGAAGGAAGUGCUCACAGCACAACAAGGUGAGCCCAAAAAUGCCUUUUAUGCUGCUGCAUAAAUGAUGUAAUAUGCCAGGGAGAUAUAUAGACUGUAGCUAAGAAAGUAAUACUAAGUGUAUGUUGUGUAGUAAGCUGUUAGUAGCCCAUGUGCCUCACGUUAAUCAUCUGGUCCCUUUUCCCUUUUUUGUAUAUUUCAAAAGUGCUGAACAAGUAGUUAUAUUGACAACGUCUGUCCUAGCUCGCUCAUUAACGGCUUCAUCAAAAUUACGGAUUGUCUCUUAUCCGCUUGUCGUCCCCUUAUGCCAUAGUUUGUACAUCUCAAUUGUCAGUAGAAAACACAUUUGUUUAAACAAGUCAGCCAUAUCAGCUGGUAAGGUGUUGGGACUCUGCUGUUGGGACUCUGCUGUUGGGACUCUGCUGUUGGGACUCUGUUGUUGGGACUGCUGAUGGGACUCUGCUGUUGGGACUCUGCUGUUGGGAUGUUGGGACUCUGCUGUUGGGACUCUGCUGUUGGGACUCUGCUGUUGGGACUCUGCUGUUGGGACUCUGCUGUUGGGAUGUUGGGACUCUGCUGUUGGGACUCUGCUGUUGGGACUCUGCUGUUGGGACUCUGCUGUUGGGACUCUGCUGUUGGGACUCUGCUUUUGGGACUCUGCUUUUGGGACUCUGCUGUUGGGACUCUGCUGUUGGGACUCUGCUGUUGGGACUCUGCUGUUGGGACUCUGCUGUUGGGACUCUGCUGUUGGGACAGCUUUAUGUAGGUCCUGAAAGUUUGUGGGCACCGUUUGUAACCGUUACCUUGCAAUGAAUGUAUUGUUAAGUGUUGUGUUGUAUAGUGGCGUUGCUGGAAUGCACAAGAUUUACAUGCUAAAAUUGCAACUGGUUGUGUAACCUUUCUGCUGUGUGCUCCUACAUUUAGGUAACAAUGUAGCAGCAGCACAAAAUACAUGUGUUUUAUAUAUUGAUCAUUUGAUAACAAAAUGUUCUGCCUGUGUGUUUAAAAAUAGUUUAAUCUCCAUCAUUGUCAUCAUACAGACUACAGUUUCAGACAGACUACUGUAUCAGACAGACUAUUGUAUCAGACAGACUACUGUGCAUCUACAUCUGCAUUACUUGCUGUUUGGGGUUUUAGGCUGGGUUUCUGUAUUUCACUUUGUGACAUCGGAUGAUGAAAAAAGAGCUUAAUAUAUAAAUGUGAUUUAUUAAUUGAUUGUAUCAGACAGACUACUGUAUCAGACUGACUCAUGUAUCAGACACACUACUGUAUCAGACUACUGUAUCAGACACACUAGUGUAUCAGACUACUUUAUCAGACUACUGUAUCAGACACACUAGUGUAUCAGACUACUGUAUCAGACUGACUACUGUAUCAGACACACUAGUGUAUCAGACUACUGUAUCAGACUACUUUAUCAGACUACUGUAUCAGAUAGACUAGUGUAUCAGACUAUUGUAUCAGACAGACUAGUGUAUCAGACUACUGUAUCAGACAGACUAGUGUAUCAGACUACUGUAUCAGACAGACUAGUGUAUCAGACUCCUGAAUUAGACAGACUACUGUAAUAAAUUUGAAAUCAUCAGAAGA